AAAUCAGAUGGAAUUUUCAUCGUUGAUUAACUUCAGCUGCCUGAGUUUUUAAGCGUGGAAAGGCUUAAUCUCCAUCUACUUCUUGGUCUAUAUUUGCAUGACACUUUUUUAAAUCUCACUCAGCCGUCUGUGACAACAAAUGAAAUCGACAAAGCAGUACAUCAGAUGAUCAUUGAGGCUGGUGCUUAUCCUUCACCUCUUGGCUAUGGAAGAUUUCCUAAGAGUGUGUGCACCUCAGUAAAUGAGUGCAUGUGCCAUGGGAUACCUGAUUCUCGGCAGUUACAGAAUGGUGACAUACUAAACAUCGACGUCACGGUUUACUUGAAUGGUUAUCAUGGAGACACAUCAAAGACUUAUCUUUGUGGGGAUGUUAGUGACGCCCUCAAACGCCUUGUGAAGAUAACAGAAGAAUGCUUGGAGAGAGGUAUAGCUGUUUGCAAGGAUGGAGCAAGUUUCAAGAAAAUUGGAAAGAGAAUCAGUGAGCAUGCUGAAAAAUACGGUUAUGGCGUUGUGGAGCGCUUUGUUGGGCAUGGUGUUGGAACUGUAUUUCAUUCAGAGCCUAUUAUAUAUCAUCACCGCAAUGAGGAACCUGGUCGCAUGGUUGAAGGUCAGACUUUCACAAUUGAACCUAUUCUAACCAUGGGAAGUAUUGAAUGCAUAACAUGGCCUGACAACUGGACAACUUUGACUGUUGAUGGAAGUUCUGCCGCGCAGUUUGAGCAUACCAUUUUAAUUACUAGAACUGGUGCAGAAAUUUUAACAAAAUAUUGAAAUAGGUAUCAACUAUACUCAAUUUUUCUUUGUAUUCCAUAUGUCAUGAAGGAUGACAAUGAGUUCAGGUCCUAUUACAUUUUCGAUAGAUAUGGACAGUUGCAAUAUCUUCUUUAUAUUUCCAAAGUGCUUAAUCUGAACUUGAAAGCACUAUCCUGAUUUAAAGGCAACUUUGAGAGAAAUAUAUCUAAGAAACUGUUUAUGCACACA